UUCUGAUCGUCAUAACGUCACGGUUGUGUUGAUGUUCAAAAUUGUAGCGAGCCGCGAUUUUCGUAUCACGAAAUACGAAAACGAUUCCAAAGUAAGAAGAGCAUUCUGUCGUGUUUCGAUCAAACGGCAAUUUAUCCAUUGUAUAAUUCCAUGACUGUGAAAUCUUUGUUUGCCCAUGUGCAUUGUAUACAACAAAAAAAAAAUUGUGUUUUGGGAUUUAAUAAAAAUAGCAAAAAAGAGAGAAUUGAACUUGUUUUUUUUUCACCAAACAGUUGCACCGAAUUUAAUCAGUGUCAAUCGAAAUUUUCGUUUCAAAACCAUAUUUUUGUUUGAAAGUGAUAAUUUUUGCGAGUUAUUCAUAGAGAAAGAGACCCUCGAUUUGGCAAAGUGUUUACGAGGAAAAGAGAAAAAAGAAACAAAUCUAAACGAAUGUUGACAGUGAAAAUAAUGUUUGCAUUGAAAACGAUACCGCUAAUUUAAUUUACAUGUGCAACAGCAAUGCAAAAGAAUUUUGAGUGAAAAUCAAGUGAAUGAAUAUAUCGUGUUUAAAAAUAAAAAAUUAAAAAAAAAAACAGCGGGAGAAUUGAAAAAAAAAAAAACACAAACCGCAAGAAUAGUCACAAACAAAUUUACUUUGAUUUGCAUUUGUUGCACUUGAGAUUCAGUUUUACAAAGUGAAAUAAGUGAGUAUGAAAUUCGAUCAGGUACAAAUACCGCACAAUACAAGCGUCACAUUAAGCAAAUUUGUUCUUAAGAUAUAUUGAAAUUAAAGGUAUUGGUUUCAUACACGUUUCAACAAAACAUUGCGAUUGAUAAAUUAAAACGAGAUAUCAGUAAUAAGCAUAGAUAUUUGUGAAUGUUUUUGUGGUUCAAAUAGUUUUUUUUUAAGUCUUGUAAACUCCGCGAUUUUGAUGAAGACUGACAUUCUUUUACGCAAAUUUUUUUGAGCCCAAUCUAUAUGUUUAAAUAACCAAUUCCAAAGUGUACGCGGCUUACUGAUUAUACUUGCAUUGACCCGUGAAUUCAAAACAAACACGAAUCAUACUGCCGUAAAAUCAUCAUAAACACAUUCGCACCCAAUACCAUCACAUUUAUAUAGAACCGCAAAAUUGAAUACAAUAUUCAAAAUAUUGAGAGUGUGUAAGAGAGAGAUAGAGAAACAAAACAACACCAAACAAAAACAAAAGAACGAAUGAUAAUAAUUUGAUUCAGGGAAUCCAAAGGAAGAACAGUAGUGCAGUAUUUAAUUGAAUGUUGAUUGUUAUUGAAUGUGUCGGUUAAGCCAGUUGCUGCGGGUGAAUUUAUCAAUAAUUCAUAAAUAAUUGCAAUUGUAUUCAGUGCGAAAAUGGGAAUAGAUGCAUACAUAUAAAUAUCCCGAUAUAAAACAGUGCGAAUGACAUUUUAGCAAUGUUUACAUAUUUUCCGCAUAAAUGUUCCAAUGUAAAUGUUCAUUUUGAACAAACUGAUUGAUUGACAAAAUCGUUUUUGUUUUUGCACUUUUUUUUCUUAUUCUAUUCUCAAGUCAAAUGCAUUUUUGAUAAACGUGAACAAAUAACUGACACUGGUUAUGUGCACAUAUGAGUGAAGAGUUGUUAAAAAAAAGAACAACCACAAUAAAUCAAAAGCAAAGAAAGAGUUCAAAGUAGAAUCGAAAAUCGACUCGAAGUUAAACUUUUAUGAUGAAAAACUAACGAACAAAGUAGUCGAUUAAAGAAAAAAGUUUUUAAAUCAAUUUUUAAAGGACAAGAAAAAACAAACCAAAUCAAUAAAGUAGCUAGUAGUCAUUAACGGCAAUCAAGAAAAUUAUUCUGUGUCUGUGUUCAGUGUAUUAAACUGCAGAAAAAAAAUCGGGACUAGGAAAGAGAAUCGACGAUAAAAACAAUAUAUUCGGAUAUUUAGUGGACAUUUUCACCAGCCAUAGCUUUAAACCAGGUGCUGCCAUCGAAAGUGGAGUUGUAUGUAUAUCAGAAACGAUGUUUAAAAAAUUGCAACUUUAAUAGAGACCACAAAAAAGAGAUAAAUGAAUCGAAAUUAAAAUAUUCGAUAUAAAUAAGACUAGUGGAACAGAUUGUUCACGUUCAAUUGUGUGUUAUAAAAUAACGACAGUUCGCAAUAGAAAUUGUGAUUCGAAUUAGCCCGAAGACACACCGAUAAAUACGAGGGAUAAAGAAUCAUUUAUUAACUGACGUCGAGACCAUCAACAGAACUAACAACAAUAACUUACACCAGGUCGUGUUUUUAGCCAAACAUUUUUCGGAAUUUGUAUGGCGCCACCAGCUGAGAUUAUUGCUUGAUUUGUUGUCGAGUUGUCGAUCGGACACCAUAAACUCCAUUUACUGGGUUUUCACAUUGUGCUGACACGCAGAACGGAAAUUCGAGUUGAUUGAAAUAAGGGCACUGGCAAAUUUGUAGACGACUGCCGUUUGCGCGUAAUUCAAUUCACGCUUUAUUACAAGGAAGACACACUCGAAAGGAUUCAAAUAACAAGGUGUGACACUCGACAUUACUAUUCGGAUGACUCAUUCAUAAGACGAGAGAUUUAUUGAAUUGAAGAUAGCAUCAAACACGAACUAAAAACUAUGCACAUUUUCCAAAUGAACUAGUUGAGAAUGAACUCGAAAAAUUGAAUUAUAAAACGAUAGAUGUAUUAGCAUCAAAAAUAUGCAAAAUACGAAGUAAAAAGGGUGUGACAUAUGAUAUUUUAAUUACGUAGCCGCUUUAAAAUCUAUCUAAUUCAAAGUAGAAAAUAUCAUUCGUUGGUGGAGUAUAAAAGGAAGAAAUAAGAGGGGUAAAAACAUAAAGGACUCCGUUCAUCGUCAUCACAUCGGGUUUCAAUAGCCGUAACUAACUAAGGGCAACACAGAUUGUGAUCGUCCUUGAAUAGGCAAAACGAGAAAAUGCACUUUGUGUGAUAAAAAAGGCCAGACGAAUAUUUAAAUAAAAAUAGGUGUUACAAAUAAAGUGAGACAGGAUCUUUGGAGAGAAGUUUUACGACAGCAUAACACCGAGAAAAAAAAAAAGAAAACCAUCGAAACAACAACAAUAAUAUCCAAUUGUAAAACGUUGGAAACCAGCAGAAGCACAUCAAAAUCAAAAGCACCGACCACAUUGCCAUUGCAAGGCAACAACAUUAUAUGUUGUUUGCGAGCAGCUUUUUACCACAUUCAAAUAAUAAUCGUAAACCUGACCAAAACAAACCGAAUCCAAUAAUACAUACCUAGAGUUCGAGAGAGCGAGAGAGAGAGAGAGAGAGAGAGAGAGAGAGAGAGAGAGAAGGACCGAAAAAAGAAGAUAGAACGAGUUGCGAACCUGAUACAAUAAAAAGGCGUCAUUUAUAUCAUUUGGUGUGACAAAAAGGGAAGCAUACACUUUCAUACACACACACCCAGCGAUAAACCAAGGCCGCACAUUAUAGUUUUCGGUAUUCAAACCAAAACUCUUGCUUCGCACAUAUCUCGUGCUCCAAUUGUUGUCAUUGCUACCACCACCAUCACACAUCAUUGCCACAUUUGAAUGGUGUUGAUGCGCAUUUGAGUGAAUGUGUUUUUUUUUAUUCGUCGCAAUCCGAUCUCUCUGCUUUUCGCUUCGUUUUUCUAUACACCGAUAUAUAAAUUUUUGGUUUUCUUACUUUAACUGUUUAACAAUAUAAAUAAUAUCGGGACGACCAGCUUGCUGCGUGUACUAUUGUUGUUGCUUGCACUUUCGACGGUUUACGUUUGUUUCCUUUUUUUUCUCUCGUUUAACCGUUCGCCCGAGAAAACAGUUGAAUGCUGAUAUGCGAUGAUAAAUCGCUCGAAAAACCGCAAUUUUCGUGUGCCAAACCAACGACCAUAAAUAUCAUUUCGGAUUACGGAAAUAACGAUGAAAACAUACCGAAAUUGAAUACCACAAGCGUAACACAAGCAUAACAACAACAACAACAACAAAAACUCUCACCGAAUCAACUGCUGGAUAUGAAAUAGACCGAUGAGAAAACAAAGUCCUCGAGUUAAAGAGAGAAUCAUCACGAAUAAAAUUUAAAAAAAAAAACGAAACGAGAAAAGCCCAAACGACCAAAAUAUAUUUAAAAAAACUCAUACCCAACAACAACAUUUAUAAAUAAGAUAAAAUAAAAAAAGCGACGCACUGCCUUUCCACCGGACAAACACACACACACCCACAAUAUAUAUACACACACAAUAAAAGUAUUUUAUACAUAAAAUUCCUAGGUGAAUAAAAAAAAACGUCAGCGUACACAGAAAACGGCCAUAAAAAUGUUAUUGCGUAAUGUGAUUGCACGUAAUUUGCUGGUGAUCUGCAUCAUUUGCAUACAGCGAUCGGUGUUGGGGUUUUGUCCGGCAAAAUGUGCAUGCAACGGUGAUCAUAAUUUGCGUGUAUCUUGCAAAAAUGCCAGCCUUGCUGAUGUACCUAUUCAACUGAAUCCAGAAGCAAAAUACAUUAAUUUAACGAUUAACCAGAUUACAAAAUUGAAUUAUGCAUUACAAUUCUAUACACAAGUUGAAGUAUUGGAUUUAUCACGAAAUCGAAUCAACGAGCUUGGUUCAAAAAAUUUCGAAUUUUCAACUCAAUUGCGAACGCUGAAUUUAAGCCAAAAUCAAUUGGAACAUUUGCAUAAGGAUGCAUUUUUUGGUCUCAAAGGUUUGCUACUAUUAGAUUUAAGCCAUAAUAAAAUAUCGCGAGUACAUCCAGCGGCCAUGACCCAUCUGAUUAAAAUGAUCGACAUGGAUUUUUCAAAUAAUGCGAUGAUCAGUUUCGACGAUGGUGUAUUCAAGAAUUUAACAUCAAUGGAACGUUUAACGCUCGAAGCAAAUGAAUUGGUCGAUGUGCCAGUGGAAAAUUUAGUGCAUUUACGUAGUUUGAAAUCGCUGGAUUUGUCAGGGAAUUUAAUAGAAUUUAUAAGGAACGACAGUUUUGGCCAACUGAAAGAGUUGAAUACACUGAAAAUUGUUGGCAAUGUCAUCAAUGAUGUUGAUGUUCGAGCUUUUGAUGGUUUACCCAAUCUGAGAUAUUUAGAUUUAGGCGACAAUAAUCUAACGAUUGUGCCAACACAACAAUUAUCGAAAUUAUCAAAUUUAUCGUAUUUAUCGAUGAGUGGCAAUAGUUUCAUAUCCAUACCACCGGUGGCUCUAUUAAAUCUAUUCCACUUGCGUGAAUUGCAUCUGGAUAAAUUGGAUCGGCUGCUGAAAAUUGAUUCGAGAGCAUUCGUCGAUAACACAUUUCUGCAAAUAAUAACGCUUGACGAGAAUCCAUCGUUUGCCGAUCUUCCAUUAAAAUUAUUUCAUGGUAAUCCGAAUUUGAUUGAGAUUUCGAUACGUGGUAACGAUUUGCAUACUUUGGAUGCGGCUCAUUUUCCAUUGGAUCGUUUGCAUCGGCUUCGUUUGGCCAAAAAUCCAUUGGUGUGCAAUUGUUCGUUGUUAUGGCUCUGGCGUUUAACAAAUGGUCAAAUCAACGAGAAUAGCGAUGGCAGCGAAAAUAGUUCAGGCGUAAGCGUUGCGGCUGUAUCCGCCAAUCAGAUUGAUAACAAUAAUGAUGAUACAAAUCUUGUGUCAUCAUCAAAUGCAGCAACAACAAAUGCACAUAACUAUCAUAAUCUUCACAAUGCAACACCAAACAAUGUGCUCAUUUUGGAUGUCGAUGAAAUUGCAUGCGAUUUAUGGGAAGAUUCACAACGACAUACACGAAAUCUCAUGAAAACAAUGUCGGCCAGCGAUAUAAAAUGUCCAGCUCAUAUUGUAACGAUUGUGAGCGCAGUGCUCAGUGUAUUGCUUAUCAUUGUAACGGGAGCGAGUGUAUUGUUUUAUAUGCGACGCAUGAAAAAUCGACGAAACGCCAUGUCCGAACGGAAAAAUGUCAACGAACGCAUUGUACCGCAACAAGUUGACAAAUUGGAAUUGGAACGAUAUUUAGCCGCUCAAGCUGUUGAAAAUGAAUAUCGGGCGCUGCGACAAUGGGAGCUAACGAUGAAAGAACAAAUCGAAGAACCAGAUCAUUAUGAGAAAUUUGAUGAUUUUCGAUUUGAUACGAGACGAUCACAAAAACCACAUGUCGUUUACGUAUGACUCACAUAAGUUAACAUUUUCAAAUAAAAAAAAAAAAACAAAAAAACAAAAUACAAAAAUAUUAAA